ACGCGGAUUUUAGAUCGAUCGAUGUCAUUGAUCGCAGGUGCCAGCUUAUUUCGAACGAGUCUCUUAUCACUUUGCCUGAUUGCGUCGGCUAUGGCAUCGCCAAUUGAAACCGAUAUGGCCCUUCAGGCUGUUAGCCAAGGCGCUCAGUUAUUUUCCACAAGUUUUGUAAAGACUGUCUCAAAGGAAAAUACAGGCAAUUUGAUAUGCUCGCCGUUGAGCGCUAAUAUUGCCCUGAGCAUGGCUGCCGCUGGUUCCGGUGGAAACACCGAGGCGCAGUUUAAAGAUGUUCUCAAGCUGCCGUCCGAAAAGACACAGAGUUUGAACGGUUAUCACAAUCUCAUUCAAGCCUUGAACAAUGUCGAGAACGUCACUUUGAAGCUCGCCAACAAGAUGUUCAUCGGUGAGAAUUUUCCGGUGAAGCCGGAAUACAAACAAGAACUCCAGACGCACUAUCUUUCUGACAUCGAGUCGGUGGAUUUCGCUCAGAAGGAGAAGGCUGCGAACACCAUCAACACCUGGUGCAAGGAAAAGACCAACGAUCGUAUCGACAGCAUCAUUAACGCAGAGGAUGUCGAUCCAACUACGGCACUCGUGCUCGCUAACGCUGUGUACUUCAAGGGCAAGUGGCAAAACGAAUUCGACCCGAAGGCCACCCACGAUCGUCCGUUCCACGUUGAUGUCAACACCGUGAAGAACGUUCCCACAAUGUUCAGAAAGGGCAACUACAAAUACGCCGAUUUGCCGGAUUUCGACGCUAAAUGCAUCGAACUUCCAUACGCGAACAAGGAAGUUAGCAUGGUGAUCAUUCUGCCCAACAAGAUCGACGGACUCGCCGCGUUGAAUGACAAGCUCAGCGAAGUUACCGCGGAAUGUAGCACUCGUCUCGCCCAAACGUACGAGCGUGAGGUUCAGGUGUUCCUGCCGAAGUUCAAGACCGAAUCCAAACUCGAUCUUGAAAACACUUUGGCCGAAAAGAUGGGUCUUACCGAGCCGUUCACCGAUCAUGCCAACUUCGAAGGAAUCUCUUCUUUACCUUUGAAGAUCAGCAAGGUUGUUCAAAAGGCUUUCAUUGAGGUUAACGAGGAAGGUAGCGAGGCAGCCGCCGUCACUGGUAUGACAUUCUUGCUGUUAAUGCCGGCUCUUCGACCUUUGCCCUUAAUUUUCGAAGCGGACAGACCGUUCUAUUAUGUUAUUAAACACAACGUAGCGCCGAUCUUCGUUGGAUACGUCGUUGCACCAUCAACAAAUUCUUAAUAUAUUAAUUGAGGUCGUUUGUAGCAUAGACAGCACGCGCACACACCAAUAAAAAAAAAAAAAAGCACAAAUAUUUAAUUCAAGAUUUUUAAUCAAGCACAUUGGGAAAAUAAAAAACACUUGCUUCGUUCAAAAAACGGAUUCGCCUCGGAUUUAUUAAUCGAACACCAUAUGUGUACCGCAUAUUAAAAAUGUUUUCUCCUGUCAAAUAACUUGCUUUACAACACACACAAUAUUUCUCUCUGCAAUUUGCCACACUCGCUGACAUCAAUCCCAUUGAUUUUCUAGAGAAUCUUUUCUCCAGUAUGUUUCUUUAUUACACACAGAUAUGUUUUUUGAUCUUUUUGGUGAUGAUUUUUGAGGUGGUUAAUAAAACAAUAAGCUCGCACACAUUCGCACGGGAUCUCGCAUCGCAACUCUUCGCAGUUCGAUUCGAAGUUCUUAAGUGCAAUAUCUAUCAUUCGUAAAUAAUGUAACGCAAAAAACAAUAUCCGUCUGUUGUUGUUCGCUUUUGUGUGUUGCUUUUUUGUCGAAAGUUCGUUCAUUUUCUUUUUUUUUCUCUCUUCUUAAAAAAAAAAUGGUUUCAUUUGGAUUUUUGUAUUCUGGUUUUACAAUUUCGUGAUUUUUUUUCACGAAUUUUGAUUCCAGUUUACGACAAAAAAA